AUGGGCUUCCUCAACGCCUUCAAGGCCAAAUCUCCCAAGGAGGCAGAAGUAUCUGGAGACAAAACCGAGCACAACACCGAUCACAAAAACGUGGCACCCAAUGACGAUACCCAUACCCAAUCUGGAGGUCAGACUUCGAAGCCGUCUAGUGAAAAAGAGAGUGCUCUAGUCGAUGAGCCUUUGUUGAGAAAUUUGUCUCCCCAAAAUGACUCCGAGAAAGAACUUGCGAUCCGUGACACGCCAACGCCCGUUCACAACGACUCCAAUAGGGAGCUGGUCCCUAAUGAACCAUUCGACAAGCAGUCAACACAAGAAGAGAAAAAAGAGAACGGUGACACCGAAACGCCGGAGGACGAGGAAGAAUAUCCAAAUGCAUGGAAAUUGACUUUGAUCAGCAUUGCUCUUUGUUUAUGCGUGUUCUGCGUGGCAUUGGACAACACAAUCAUUGCCACAGCAAUUCCCAAAAUCACUGACCAAUUCAACUCACUCGACGACGUCGGCUGGUACGGAAGUUCAUAUCUCCUGACAACAUGCGCUGUGUCUCUGAUGUUCGGCAAACUCUACACAUUCUACUCGAUCAAAUGGAUAUAUCUCAUCGCUCUCUGUAUUUUCGAGGUCGGUUCGCUCGUCUGUGCUGUCACUCCCAACUCGGUCGGACUCAUCUGCGGUCGAGCCAUCGCCGGACUUGGAGCAGCUGGUCUUUUCUCAGGCUCUAUCCUCAUCAUCAGCAAGAGUGUGCCCCUGGUCAAGCGGCCCAUGUAUACGGGUCUUGUUGGCGCCAUGUUUGGCAUCGCUAAUGUAGCUGGUCCUCUUAUGGGAGGCGCAUUCACCGACCACCUCACUUGGCGUUGGUGUUUCUAUAUUAACUUGCCUCUCGGCGGAGUGACUUUCCUCUUCGUGCUUUUCUUCUUCCAAAACCCAAAAGCCAUUCUGAAGAAGAACACCUUGAAAGAACAGAUCAAGGAGCUGGACCUGAUCGGCUCCCUCUUUUUCCUGCCCGCUAUCAUCAGCUUGUUGCUCGCGAUGCAGUGGGGUGGUACCAGAUAUGCGUGGGGCAGCGGACGGAUCAUCGGCCUAUUUGUGGUCUUUGGUGUUCUCGGUCUCAUGUUUAUUGGUGUCGAGAUCUGGGCCGGGGACCGCGCAACCGUACCGCCGCGCCUGAUCAAGAACCGCAACAUUUGGGGCUCGGCAUGGUAUGCCCUUUGUAUUGGAGCUGCUUUCUUUGUCCUGACAUUUUAUCUCCCUAUCUGGUUCCAAUCGAUCAAGGGUGCAACCGCCUUGAGUUCCGGCAUCAUGAACCUGCCCACGAUCCUCUCAGUUGUGGUUGUAUCUAUCCUGUCCGGUGGGCUAGUCACCGUCUUUGGAUACUACACGCCCUUCAUGAUUGCCUCGUCCAUGAUCAUGACCAUCGGCGCAGGACUACUGACGACCUUAGAGACAGACUCGAACCACUCCAAGUGGAUCGGAUAUCAAGCGCUCUUUGGUAUCGGCUUGGGUCUUGGCAUGCAGCAGCCCAUGAUCGUCGCUCAGACCGCCCUUAAGCCGGCAGACAUCCCCAGUGGCACGGCUAUCGUCAUGUUCGCCCAGACUCUUGGUGGCGCUAUCUUCGUCUCGGUCGGGCAGAACGUGUUCCAGAACCAGCUCGUCAAGAACUUGGCUCAGUAUGCGCCUGACGAGGAUGCUGCGAAGCUCAUCUCUGCCGGUGCUACUAUGCUCCGCACUGUUGUUAGUGGCGAUGCCCUACACCGUGUUUUGAUUGCCUGGAACGCUGCUGUCAUGCAGACGUUCUACGUUUCUGUCGCCAUGGGCGCAUUGUCGCUCGUGGGACCAAUCUUCGUUGAGUGGUUGUCUGUCAAGGGCAAGAAGAUCGAGGUGACCCCUGUUUGA